GUAGAUCACGGCCUGGGCGUCGGCAGAAUACGUCACUCCCUGCUGUUGCGUACAAAACUAAACAAACCAAGCACCUCUUCACUCCGAGAGCGCGGAGGUGUCUCUUACGUAAACGGAAACAUUGAUAUAAAACAUGCAUUCUGUCACGCUGGACAGCAACGGUUCGCCAAAGAAACGGACGUUAUCGCGGGGACUGAGCGAGGACGAGUCGCUCCGCAGUAUUAUAAAAGAGACGGAGAGUUCCUCCAGGCGUCUGACACGAAGCGACAGCCGAGCGGGCACCCAGAAGAGGCGCACUGACAGCCAGGGUCACAGGAUUGAAGGCACCGAAACACAAAAUUGUCAGUCCGACCAGGACCUCUACAUGGGACUCCCAGAAAUGCUGGAGCUCCAGGCCAGCUAUGAAGAGGUGGUGCAGGAGCUGCGUGGGAUGGAGGUCGAGCGAGAGACUCUGUUGUUCCAGGUGGAUGUCCUGCAGGACACGCUGGAGAGUGUAGAGGAGCUGCUGGCAGAGGCCCAGAGGGAGGCUGGACAGGCCAGUACGGAGUUGGAGCGAGAGAGAGAGGCCAAAAAGAAAUUGGAGAGCAUGGUUUUCUCUCUGAUGCAAGAAGUGGACAGUAUAAAAGAGGAGAGGACGAACAACGCAUCUGUGACAGUGACCGCGCCGUGUGGAAGUCCCCAAAUGAAAAAUGAUACAAAGGAAUCAAUGAAAAACUCCCAGCUGUGUGAACCUCACAGCGGUGGAAGCCGAGGCCAGGCGACAGACAAAGGAGGACAGAAGGAAGGGGCAGAGGACGAGGGAAGCGUCCUGGCGAAGGUGCAGAAGAUGGUCACCAAGACGCUGAACCAGUUGCCGUCUCUUGCGGUGGAUUACCCAUCUGGUGAGGACGGCGUCCUGCGGAGGCCUUACGAAAACGGUGUCUCGAGGGGACGAGAUCCCUCUCCCGACAGGAACGACUCGGACAGCAUAAGUGCCUACGAGGAUGCUUCUGCUGAGACUCCAGAGCAGGACAAGAGGUUUCCGGAUCAAUUGGACAAUUCGGAGCUGCCCGAUGAUUCCGAGCAGAGUUCUACUAAAAGCUGCCUGGUCGAUGAUGAGAGAACCCGAGAAGCCAAAGACCCAGACGCCUGUGUAGUGUCUUAAUCUGUUUAACCUACUACGACAACGGGCUGAAGGUGAUUGAUUAUCGCUCAUUUGGUAUAAUUCAAGAGCUCUUUCAUCUGAUAAUAAUGUUCCUUAAAAACUUUGAGGCCAACAAUAAAACGUCCAUAUAGGCUUUGGGCAAUGAUCAUUUAACACUAGUUUUUAACAAAUAUAAUGAAUAAUUAUCCCUCAGCUUUUUGUAUAAUUGUGAUAUUAUACUGUUAUACAUUCUAUAUAAUACUGUUUAUCAAUUCUACGUUUUAGUUUUAAAUUCCCGACAAAGAAACUCAGGAUCAAUUUAACUAGCUGAAAUUCCACUAAUGACUACUUACUCAUAUUUGCCAAUCUUUUCUUUUAUCAUAUCUUUUUUGUAACUGGUGGAUUGGACUGUAGUCCGUGCUGCUUUGCCUCGUUUGAUAAGGUGUGUUUGUAUGCUAACCGCUGCCACGUCAUCCAGAUUUCUGCAGACAAAACCCGGUGAGCUGUGUAAUUAUAUUAAACGGGAACGGUUUCUGUUUGUAGCUUCUGUAACGUCAAAAACGCAGGAAUUUGGAGAAGCAGCAGUUGCGAAGCCCGCUGGGGGAAAGUUUGAACAAUUUUAAAUUACAGUUUUUAAAGUUAAGGGAAAAUGCUAUUUAUGUGCUGCCUUGAUCUUUAAAAGAAGAUUCACUUUUGUAACUUUCUAUUUAUGUCCCUUUUUCCCGUUUUUAUGUUGAAGGGAUAUUUAAGGAAAUAGAGUUGGCUGCAUUUGCACUUUUUUGUUUUGUGGCAUAACAUUUGGGGAUUUUGAAGGGAUUUCCUUUAUGUUCAAUAAUGUAUUCUGUUCUUUACGAUUAUUUUUUGGUGGCAAAUUCAACAUCAGUUUUCUUGGAAAAAAUCAUGUGACACUAAUUUGGCCUCUAAUUCUGCUACACAAAAAAACAAAGCGGCAAUAUUAAUACACUGAUGCACAUAUAAAUAGAUGCAAUUUUUCUGCAUUUAGUUGCUUGAUUUGUUGGUUUAAAGCAGAGUGUUCAUGUCUGUAUCGACUCAUUUGCCUUUUGCAUUACUUUUUUCACUUACAUUUCAACAUAAGGCCGGUUCACCUGCUUGUAUCUGAUUAUCUAUUGACGCACAAAGCCGUAGACGCAAACUGCCCAGAUUACAUGCUACGUGUUUCACAAACGUGAGUCAGUGAAAGGUCACUGUGUGAACUGUCGUCAGGUCUUGAGCAAUUGGGUCAGUUGCAACCAACGGUCAGCCUUUUUUUUUUUACAUGAACCUCCACAAUCAUUGAUUGUUUGUCUUUUUUAUCUAUGAUUCAUUUUAUAUUCCUUGUGCUUUCCUGUCAGGUCGAGGGAUUUGGUUUGUUGUAACAAACCAGUACCGUUACGUAAGUCUGAAUUCCAUUGCUGGAGCUGUUUGUUUUGAAGUUUGAACGCAGCGGUGGAUUUCUUUAUCAAUUCAUCAAAUUGGUUUUGUGUUUCAUUUUCUUUACUGCAAAAAAAUGUAAGUUGAUGUUUUUUUUUAUGGGGUUACAUAUUUUUGUCAUUGACCUUGUAUGAACGGUUCAAAUGUAACAGUCACAUUCAUUUUUACUUGUAACAGAAAAUACAUUCCAGACAUAUCAAAAUAAAAACAGUGAAUAGUG